AUAUUAGUUUCUGGUCAAUCUGUGAAAUCAACCAUCAUGAAAAAGUCUAGAUGAAAUUUUGAACCUCUACUCGGAUCAUACGGCUUUUGAAUAAAUGGGAACAUCGAUCGUGGGACUACUGCUUCAAAUCCUUCCUACACUUCAGCUGCAAAAUCAACUCAGCACCAAACCGAACCGGCCAGUCAUCACAGCCAAUCCGACAAAUCAGUUUUCAAUUGAUGGCGUUCUGGAAUUCAGUUGUCUGGCUGAAGGCAAUCCGAAGCCCUUCGUCCAAUGGCAUAAUGCAACCACUGGUCAGCUGAUCGCAGAUCGAAUUCCAUCGACAGACUCACUCUCUGGUAUCCACGUCAACCCGUACCACGGGAGGCUCAUGGUCUCUAAUCCAACUCGUGGACAACUCUACUCUUUCUAUUGUAAUGCAACAAACGAAUAUGGCUGGUCACAAAGCAGUCCUCCGGUCUUUGGUGCACUAGCCUACUUAGAUGACAGAUUUAUUCAACAGCCUAAAAAUGAAACUGUUCACGUUGGACAGAACGUCAGUCUUCCUUGUUUGGCACCUGCAGGGCUUCCUAAACCGAUCAUCCGUUGGCUAAAAGACGAUGUACUUGUGGGUGAACAGAGUACAGGGCACAUGUCUAUAGUUAAACUGAAUGAGUCAACUUCAUCCCGGUUAUCAAAGAUGUUGGUACUCGAUAAUGGAACCCUGUGGAUCAACUCGGUUACAUUUGAGGAAACUGGAAACUAUCGUUGCACAGCUACAAAUCUAAUUGGAUCGAGGAGUUCCCGGCCAGCAUUUUUGUCUGUUAUUUCAACCACAACAUUCCUCGAAACCCCGAAGCACUUACGGGUCAGAUUGGGUGAAGAUGCCAAGUUUUUCUGUGAAGCGGAUGAUCCCCAAACAGUUUCCUGGAGGCGUGGUAAGCAAGAUGCUCCGUUAGAUUUCUCCAGGACAGUGAUAACAAGAUCCUAUAUUUGGAUCAAAUCUGUGAAACCCUCGGACUCUGGAAUGUACAUUUGUGGUGUGCCUGGUUCAGUUGAACACAACGCUACGCUGGUCGUAGACACUCCUCCACGAUUCCUCCGACCGCCCAGCACUAUUCGGACCAACGUUGGUGAAACUGUUCAGUUUGUUUGUUUAUCAACCGGUCAUCCUCAGCCAUCGGUUUAUUGGGAGCUGCCUGAUAUGACCCCGGUGUUCCCCUCUGACCCAACGGCAGAAAGUAGAAGUUCGAGAUUUUUCGUAUACACUGAUGGUCGGCUGGAAGUUAGGCACGUCAAAUCGGGUGAUGCCGGAAGAUAUCAGUGUACAGCACAUUCUUCAAUCGACACUAUUCAUGCAAGCGCAUCACUUGUUGUCAAUGAAGUCACUAGCGAACCUCCGCGAAUGGCGAAUCCCGUAACGUCUACCCGAACUCUCCAUUUAGCACCCAAGCUUGGCAGUACAGCACCAAUUAUAGGAUUGCCACCAGCCAACCAGACAAUCAGUGUAGGGGACAAGGUCACCUUUGUGUGUGAAUUGUUGGAUAGCUCAGCUGACCGAAAUUCCUGUAGUGAUGUGAAGGUCAACUGGAUGCGUCGGAUACAUCCAACGGAAGAGAGCAGGCUACUACCCGCCUAUGGUUUGAAUGACACACGAUAUCGCAUCCUGCAUUCUGAAUUACAAAUUUUGGACGUACACCCCAGUGACUCUGGGAUUUACAUCUGUAGCGUGAGCUGUAAGGUUGAAUGGUUUGACGGAAUCGAACGUAGGCGAAUUCACGUCGAGUCGAGCUGGAGCGCGACAUUAUAUGUCACGUGGAAAAGAGAUACCCCCAAACUUGCUAGCAUACUGCAACCGCCCAAAAAUCUUCGUCUAGUCAACAUGACAGCAACCAGUGUGACAAUCAGCUGGGAUCCCCCGUCUCUUGCCGCAAUAUGGCAACAAAAAUCUAACGAAGAUGUGGCUAAUCCUGUAAAGAAUUCAGUCGCCUAUUGGGUAGAAUAUUAUCGUUCGGACAGACCAGCUGACGGUUGGCUAGUUGUCGAACGAGACUGGCCGACAAAUAAUGUUCAGCUACGUGGCCUUGAGCAAGGCAUCGAAUACUACUUUUUGGUUCGAUCUCGAUGGAUGUAUGGGCGAAUCGGGUGGGCUAGUCGACCACUCGGUCCCGUGACUACCAUGGGAAGUUUUGUUACCGAAAGUCAAGCAACUAGCAGAGGGGAACCUGUUCAAAUGUACCACAACACACCACCGAGUAUUGAAUUACAUGAUGUUCAGAUGCGCAUAUUCUCAAAGUCCACAGCAAAAGUUAGCUGGAGACUGUCGCCGUUUUCGUUCCUAGUGAAUGCGAUAAAAUUGUUCAAACUGUCAUACAGGAUAACUCCACUUGGUCACUGCGUUGGUAUUUUCAGUAAGAAAUCAAAAAGUCGCGCUUAUCUAUCCGGAGUUUCUUCGUCUAGGGACUACUGUAGCUUUGCACGGGAUUCAAAUAAAGAAAUACUUCUUCAGAGUCAGCUGAAUCUGAUGGAGGAGCUUCGUAAAUCGACCCAGCUGAAUGCCUCCACAUUCAGCGUUCUUGUUCCCUGGUUGAAACCUAGUCACCCCGAAGAUCUUGAUCCGCCAGAAAAUCCUCCGGAGCGCCUUGUUGGUUGGCUGCAUAAUCUGAACCCGUUCACCUGCUACUCCAUCACCAUACAUCCGAUUCCCACAGAUCCUUCGCUAUCGUCCAUUUUUCGUCAAACUCUCAGUGAGCCACACUUUCUUCUCACACCUGAAGGUGUUCCAACGGCUGCACCAAGCAAUAUUUCCGUCCAUUGGAUUGACGAUCGACAUGUUAAGUUGGCUUGGAAAUCUCCAAUCGUCACGCAUUGGAAUGGACCGUUAAGCGGUUAUCUGAUUUAUAUCUUUGAAGAAAAUUCACGAGAACGGAAGACCAUUAACGUGACAUAUCUCUUGUCGGAAACUCUAAUUGAGUUACAUCAUAUGUCUGCCAUCUAUCUGUUCCAAGUGGCCUGUAUGACUUGCGCUGGGGUGGGCAUUCCCAGUGAACCAAUUCGUUUAGUACCGAGACAAAACAAGGAUUCAUCGAUCUAUGCGACCGAAACGGAACCAAAAAAUGUGGAACUGCUUAACAAGCCCUGGUUUGUUGGAACGCUGAUCGGUAGUGUGAUUGCAUGGUGUGCUCUCAUCACGCUGGCCUCAUCCUGUUGCUUCCGGCUUCAUCAUAGACGCAGAAAGCCACAUAAGCGUAUUGGGCUACAGAUUUCGGCUGCCUUGAAUGACCAGGAGGGUAAUCACGAUGCUCUACUCUAUAUGAAAGACAAGUUUCACUUAGGUAAUGUCACUCAAAUGCCUGCAAACGGGCUGCUCCUUAAUGCUGAUGGUGUUAGUGGGCAUACCAGUCCUUGCGAUCGAUCAGGUUCACACACGGAAUACCUACUGCCAAUCUCCCAAGGGAAACAAAAGCGUGUAUCCGAUGGAAGUAAUCAAGAGGCAAGGACGUCUUCAGUAACAUCAAGCAGAGAACAUUCAUUGGUUAAAGAGCCGCAAUGCACGAUGCGUCCCAGUAUGUCCAUCAGCACGGAUAGGUCGAUUCGCACAGUGCCAGAGAACACUCAAGCGCUUCGCUGUCUGGCCUCCCACAUUGAAUGGGACACAGAAUUCUGUUCAUAUCCUCACGAUAUAUUGCCACCAUUUCAGAUGUCGCCACAACCAAUGUAUCAGAUUACAAAACCUCACCCUGCGGUGGACGAUUUAAUGUUGGGUGUGAAUUCCAGUCAGUUUGGAGACGGAUCAGCAGCCACGACAGAAAGCUUUCUGUCCCAUUCUUCCAAAGUGCUAAUCAGUGAUUCGGCAACCGCCACUCCUUACGCAACCACUUCUUUAAUUUCACAAAACCAAAUUUUGACGCCUUCUGCCUAUCAAAGUCAGCAUACUACUUAUCCCAAAUGCAUGAACACUGUUUCACAGGCUUCCGAAACCAGAGGAACUGUAGUCAAUCGGUGCCAGUCUUCAAGUUCCUCUGGUCAAACAUCAUAUGCAUCCAGCUGUGAUAAUAGUGAGUCACUCAUGGAUAGUAUGCCGACAAUGAAUGAAUUGGCACAAACGGUCAAUAAUCGAUACACCAAACUCCCGAGACCGUAUGAUUAUGACACCACGGAUUCUAACGACCCUCAAUUGCAGACGCAUUGGAGUGCAGUCACGGUGGCUCAAUCCAAACAAAAGUCGGAAAUCGGCAAGAUGAGAGAAUCUCCUCACGUCUCGACAGUGCUGCCACCUAGAUCGAUAAGAGCCAGAAAGCCCAAAUGUCAAACGAACGGAGUGUCCGAGAAGCUUAGAAAUUCGCGCAGCAGUUCUGUUACAAAGAACAGAAGUCAGUCUGUUGAGCGAGUCACUGAAAAUGAGUCGAACGGUGUCACUGGAAAGCGUUAUUUUGAAACCAGUGACCUUCCACCACCCCCAGUUGAUGGACCGCCACCUGUGAAGGCUAUUAUCAUGGAACAUGAUCCAUUGGACCAACAAAGAUGUGCGGAGAUUCACGUUAGAUCCCGUAACAGAUAUUCAUUCAUGGAAACGCCAAUACCUUCGGACACAGUCACUAUCCCUUCUGGGUUGAACACUCAGCCACUCGAAGCCAGAGGUUUACCCAGCUCUUCACUACCUGUUCUUCAAUACCUUACUAAACAAGAAUAUCAAUAA